AAGAUCUUAGUAUAGUUAUAUUUGAAUCGCGUGUUAACCAGUCGCCCGCAAAAUAUCCUUGGUGUUAAUUUAAUUUGGGUUGUUAUUAUCAAAUAUUAGUAUUGCUAUGUGUUUUCAUACAUUUGUGGUUGCACAGUGAUUAUUUAGCUGAGAAAAUGAUGCUGAAGAUCUGUGCGUUGGUCGUGGCCCUGACGCUUGGUCUUGCUGACCAGACUGGAGCUAUCAACCCCCAUCACCAUUCUCUAGCACCACUCAUUGACAGCGUAUUCUUCGCGAAUGACGUAAUAGUUGCAAGAAACCAGCAGGGAGAGAGGGAGGGAGGUAAACAAGGUGACAAAACACCCUGCGAAAUGCCAGACGGUAGCAGUGGUUACUGCGUGCAUUCGUACCUUUGCGAGAGCCAACAAAUCGUUAAAGAUGGGGCUGGAUUGAUUACUGAGAGGAGAUCCCAGUGUGUUGCGCCUAAAAUAUGCUGCAAACAUAGAAAAACUAAUCAGGAAACACCUCAUAUCGGUAGCAGGAGCAAUGGUGACAAAACACCUUGCGAGUUGCCAGACGGUAGCAGGGGUUACUGCGUGAAUUCGUACCUUUGCGAGAGCCAAGAAAUCAUCAAAGAUGGGGCCGGCUUGAUUACUGAGAGGAGAUCCCAGUGUGUCGCGCCUAAAGUAUGCUGCAAACAUAGAAAAACUAAUGAGGGAACACCUGAUAUCAGUAGCAAGAGCAAUGUAAGAAAAUGCAAGUUCAGCAAUGGCAGGGAGGGCUACUGCGUUAAUCCAAACAGUUGUAGGAACAGAAAAAUUAUGGGAGGUUAUUCCAGGACCAUCACAUCCUCGGAUUGCUUGGAAACGGAAGUGUGCUGCGAGAAAGACCAUGAAAAUAUCGAGUCUACCACAAAGUCACGGACUUUGGUGCCUUCUAUUCCAAAGAAUCUACCCAAUGGCGCACAAUGUGAAGCCUACGACGGUAGUAUCGGAAGAUGCACUCUGCCUCACACCUGCAACAACGAUAGCACCAUCCUCGACGGCUCCGGGCUCAUCGUGGAACGCAAAGUCGACCCGUGCGGAGACUGGGGGAAUGCCAUACAAAUAUGCUGCCCAGCGAAGUACCUAGCGGGGAAAAUACCAGAUAUUGAAGCAACUACCGUAUUGACUAAAAGCAGGUCAAUGGACGACGAGGAGGAAAAAGAUAGCAGUUGUUUAACGGGGGCCGACAAUGCAGGCAAAUGUGUGCCUUUUCAUCACUGUGAGGACUAUGACGGCGCUGACCUUCUAGAUAAAAGGACAAUGCGUUACUGCCCUGCUUUGACAACUUGCUGCGAAUUGGACAGGAUUAAUAUGGAGUCUAUUCCAACGAAUGUUAAGAAGGAGGGUUGUGGAGUGGCGAACCCAGACGGACUGUGGCCAGCCUUUAAGACAUCCUUUUUAGAAGCAAAAUUCGGCGAAUUCCCUUGGGUAGCUGCUGUUAUGACCAAGACCUCCUCUUUCCCUGUGAAUCGAAACAUCACGGUGGGAUCCCUGAUACACCCCUCUAUGGUGCUCACGGUAGCUCACUACGUGGACCGAGCUGUGGACGGUGACGUCAUUGUGAGGGUAGGAGAGUGGAACACCCUGGAUGUAAACGAACCGCUUCCGCAUGAAGAGGUGGCGGUGAAGAAAAUUGUCAUCCAUCCAGACUUUAUGAGAAAGAACUACCGGAACGACAUCGCCCUGCUGAUCCUUGAGCACCCAGUAAAGCUGGCUCCGCACGUCAGCCUGGUCUGUCUGCCGGAGCCGGGAGCGGUGCCGGCUCCGGACACCGACUGCGUUUCCAACGGCUGGGGCAAAGACGCGUUCGGGAAGAAGGGAGCCAUCUCCAGCUACCUUAAGAAGGUGCCCCUUCCAUGGGUGGAGCACGGCGAUUGCCAGAACCGCCUCCGCACCACCCGGCUUGACUCCUUCUUCGAACUGCACGAAGGAUUCGCUUGCGCGGGCGGCGACAAGCUCGACACUUGCAGCCUGGAUGGAGGAGGCCCUCUGGCCUGCCCGUCAGAGAGCGACCCGGGCAGAUACAUCCUGUACGGGGUGGUGUCCUGGGGCAUAGACUGCCAUAUGCCCGGGAUCCCCGGGGUCUACAUGAAUGUGGCACACUACCGAACCUGGAUAGACCAGGUUAUGGAAACUGAAGGAGUGUGAAAUAAAUAAUGUAAACUGUUUUGGACCGUUUCAUUUUUCCUGAAUAUUAAAGUUUAAAUUUGCACGGGCUAUGCUCGGUGUUUCUUUACGAGAUCGAAUCAGAAAUGAGGAGAUCCGAACGAACCGUAAACGAUCUA